GGGAAUAAGGUAAGCUAUCUGUGGCAGUACAGGAAAGCUCAUUAGUUGUUGCCAGGCUCACCGUACACUUACAGAAAAGGUGUCUGGUUCUGUCGAGUCCUUUCUUUUCCUCGGUGUUUCCGGGUCGAGAAGAGGAAAGCCACUCGAAGCAAGUUUGGAAAGAAGAAAGAAAUCGUGAACGAGCAGGACCAGACUGUUUCAAGAGGCUUUAAAAGAAACAAGAAAAAUGACCUGAUUUGGAACAAGUGUAACAAACCUGGUGCAAACGAAUUGAACAUAAUUUCUCAAGUUUUACCAACAAGGAGAACUUAUGCAUCGCUGCAUAAACACACAGAAGUUUUACAAACCCUGCCCCUCUCUUCAUGCCGUUUGCCCCAGUCCUUCAUGGAAUCCUACAGCUUUCAGUUUGAGAGAAUGAGCAACGUGGAUCUGCAUCCUCUGAGCCUGCCUGUCAGCCGGCUUUCGCCAGCCAAGUCCAACAGUAGCAUCGUUGAACAUCUUGCCCACCAUCAGCACGGCAAGGGAGAUUCUGCCUACAGUUCCUUCUCUGGUGGGUCCACAGCACCAGAUUACCCAUCUCUUUUCUUGCCAGAUGACCUACAGUCCAGCUCGUUCGGCCAUUAUGCUGACCUUAAAUAUGUAAAGUCCCUUUAUCACCCUGCCCAGGUUCUGCAGUCCAACACAAAGACCAUGGAUCAGCUCUAUCACUCAGCUGAAACAAUCUCACAGCAAUAUCACAACAACAGUAAUGUCAAUCCUCAUCGUCACAACAGCAAUGAGAGUCUCCACACCAAUAGCAAAGCACACUCUAAGMAAGAGGUGCAUUCGAGGACUCUAUCCCAAAGUGCUCAGACUCCUCCCCAUCCCCCUCCAGUUCCAGCACGCCUUGAUAGUUUCAUUGCCACUAAAAACWUGGAGAACAGUAGGGUUCCCACCCAUGGUACUGAAUUUCAACCACUGCAACUACAAUCACAGCAGCCUAAACAUCAUAAUCGACUCCGWUCCCAGAGUGUGAAUUCCCCAAAAUCAGAUACAGGUAGCCCAGACAUGGGCAGAUUCAGUUCUGACUCAUUGUACUCCGUAUGGAGAGGCUCUCAACAGGACCAACCACAGACCCAGCAUCCACCAGUCUACAGACUACACCUCCAGCUUCAAGACCAGACCAGGCUAAACCCAGAACAGCCUUCUAUCACUGAUAAUAAAGGUCCCUCCGAGCGGCAGAGGUCAGUAAAUAUCUUGAGCCGAUCACCUCCUAAAGGUACCAACCAACCCGAGCAGCUGAUGCCCAAACAGCCUCUGGGYGGUGCUGGGUGUAACGGAGACUACCACAACAAAUCCAGUAACCAUUUUGAAAGUGAGCGCAAAAAGGCACAUUUGACUCAAGGCUGGUGUGGUUCAGGGCCGACUCGAGCUGCCAGUCCCAAGAAUACUGGUCAAGGUUUUGUCAACAGCAGCAUUCAACAUAAGGGCCAGUUCUAUUUUGUAACAGGAGUGUGUAAGCCAUCUGAAUCUGGUUUGAGGACACACUCUGCAACUGUCAGUGGCCUAGAAGCUGAAAGUGUGGCCUCCACUUUGUUAGAGACCCAUCGUCUACRAGAUAGAGAGAGAUGUCACAGCACUAUGGAUAAUUUGUUUAGACGAGAGAGAUCAUGUUCCAGUAGCAGUAUCAUUCAAGAUGAUGAGGUUUUUACAUCUGUGUCUCAGAGAAAGGACUUUCCCUUCAUGAGCCAGGACCAGGAGAAUUACAAACCACCCCUCAUCUUGACCCAACCCUGUCAAAACUUAGAGUCAGAAGAAAUUGACAUGACGCAGAGUCGUGAGAUUGGCCGUCACACUGCCAGCAACCCUAUAUUUUACUGUGGACCUGACAGAAAUUUCCCACCACAUUCAGCAACCAGCAAAAAGGAAGUUGGUAACAAACAGUCCAACAACAACAAGAGCGAGGAUCGUGCAAAAAGAGAGAAGCGGCAGCCCUUGGGUGAUGUUGCCAGUGAGAGGAUAAACAAAGAAACGACCCCACUUCUGUACCAUCUGACUGGAGCCAACAGGACAGUGUUACAGCCCAGGUCUGACCCUGGUUUCCCCAUGAAAGGCAACGAAGUGGUCCGUAAUGAAACAGAUCAAGAAGAUGUAGCAAUAACUGAUAACGAGAUACCCACACAUGAUGACAUUAGCAAGCAUGAUCGAGGUGUUGCAUCCAGCGCCAGUAACACUCUAGAUGAUUCAUUUAACAAGUACUACAAGGAGAAGCUGAAGGAUGCUCAGUGUAAAGUUCUAAGAGAGACGUCAUUUAAAAGGAGGGAUUUACAGCUGUCCUGGCCACACUGUAUGAGGCAAAAACCAGAAAGCAGGCCCACAGUUAUUCACUCAUUCUCCUUAUCACAGGACUCUGAAACUUCCACAGCCACUCUCACUCCCUCAAUGACAUCUGAGGAGACGGAGAAAGGGAGCGUAAAGGAAGAAGUUUGGGAGAAUCAAAGCGAGACAACUAAAGUGACUGAGAAGGAAAAUGGAAGGCCAUCAAAUGUGGCCCAGCCUCAGGUGGCUCGCAUCGGAGGCAGGAAGAGGUUGACUCCAGAGCAGAAGAAGAUGUGCUUCUCUGAGCCUGAGAAACUCAACCAGAUUGGCAGUGCACCCGUCCAUUUAACUUGCCGUUCCUUCGGCGAUGAAAGCAAACACUUGUUCGCAGCUGAAUACGAGGGAGAGGAGCCUGAUCAGCAAAGAGAGAAGGGACUGGUCGCAGCACGCAGAAAGAUGUUUGAGACAAGGGGUCGGACUCAGUCAGCAUCGAGCUUCUCAAAGACAAAUCUAAAGCAUAUGCAACAAAAGGCUCUGGUGGAGUACAUGGAGCGUAAGACGGGCCAGAAAGCAACUGAGCCUCAGCAGCCUGUGCUUCAGCUACCACCUCCACCAAGACAGAGACAUUCUCUCGGGGAGAAACCAUUUGACUGGAGUCCUCGCCCACUAUCAGGGAACCAAGAAGGUAAAAAUAUGAAGAAGAAGCACAACAGACCUCACUCUGCUGGCCGGAUCUUGGAUUCUCCCAGCAGCUCUAUCAGGUAUGCCCAGUUCUUCUCAGCACAGUCCUGCUCAGGUCAUUAUGCUGGCCAGCAAAGUUCAUCCAAAAAGAGGGAGAGUCAUGGUCCAUCUCAGGGAAAGUCAGCCUCAGCAGAGAGUCUGCUGGAUCAACGAGAACCAACUGGUUUCUUCAGGAACCGAUCCAUCUCCACACCACACACAUUCGAGGCACAUGACCACAUGGAGGAUCCCCUGGUACCUAACACUAUGGAAACACAGAGUUCCCUGAAGAGUGAAGCAGUGGAGUCCUCGUUGAAGCAAGUUCCUGAGGGGCAGCAGCGUGCUAGCCAGGUAGCACAGAGAGGAAAGUCCAUGGAGGAGCUCGGAGCUCAGUGUACAACUAAUCUGCCAGCUCUCAGUAAGAGCUCUGAGCAGCUAGAUAAGCUGAGGAAAAAUUCCGCUCUGCGUGAAGGAGCGGGGAGGCAUGAGGUGUGUUUUGCAGAAGAGCGAGCUCACCAGCGAGAGAAACAACAGAAGAACACUCAGGGACAGAUCCAAAACCAAACGCAGAGAAAACCCCUGUUGAAGCAGAGCUCGGACCCAAGGGAAGAUGUGUCAGUAAGAGAAAGGAGUUCCAGYAGAUCCAGCUCUCCAAACGUCACCUCCUCCUCCCAUGCCCGAAUCUGCUCACCUCCUCCUGCGUCUCAAGCACCCGUUAUUGAUGAACUCAGGUCCAACACAGCUCCCAAUGAGACUUUUUCUAACCCACCUUCCCCCAGAGGUCAAAAGAUCAGUGAAAGUGAUACAAAAUCCACCUCAUCCACACCCAUCCGGACAAAGAUUUCUUGUGAAAACACACCUUGCUCCAGUUUAAUUCCAAUUAGAUCUGUGGAUUCCAUGUCUGGAUCAGAAAAGGAGCCGUUGGUGGACGAGCCGAGCAGCGAUGCUCAACCACCUCCUUCCAAACAAGAAGUCUCUCUGAGCUGCGGUGUCACCACUGAUCCCUCACUGUGGCUUCCCCCACCAGAAGAAGACGACAAAGUCCAGACUYCACUACCAACAAAUGUCUUUGACCAGUCCAUCAGCUCAGUCCUUCUGAAACAGACAAGUGAAACCUCUGUUUCUCCCUGCUUGACCGUCACCGAUGCCGAGRUCAGCCAGCAGGUGGGAAAGCAGAGCAGUCCAGAAACAGAAGCUGAGAUCGUGGGGAAAAAGGAAAAGAUGGAGGAGAGGGGAGCACCAGAAGGAGAGACGGAGUGUCUGGACAGGCCUGUCAAGGAACCUAAGUGGGAGGAGCUUGUGGAGGCAGUGGUCAAAGCUGACCAGUCAUUAGCCAGGGUGCUCUGCCCACUAGCCAAUCGUAAGACAGCGCUGAUGCUGAUGGAGCAGCUGCUGUCAGAGGACACUCUGCUGAUGGAGGAGCACUACAAGAAGAAGCAGGAGCAGAAAGGCGCUACAGAAAGCGUUGAAGAAACUGAAGGAUCUGAACCAUCUUCUUGUUGCCCUGCGUCUGACAGCCAGAAAUCAGAGUGUACAGAGCAGCAAAACAAGACUGACAUCACUGAGAAGAAGCAUUUAUUAGUGUCUUAUAUAAAAGAGCGUUUGAGUUCACUGGAGGCGUCUCGCGGAGCCCUGCAGAUGGAGGCUGAGGAGAACGGUGCCCGUGGGGAGGCGCUGAAGCUGCUGGUGCGUGACCUCUGUCAGCCAGUGGAGCUGGAGAGGUACAACCUGUUUAUAGGAGACUUGGAGAGGGUGGUCAACCUGCUGCUGUGCCUGUCUGCCCGGCUGGCCAGGGUCCAGAACGCCCUGAGCAUCGUGGACCAGCACACAGAUGCUGAGGAGAAGGAGUCUCUGGACAGUCGCCAUCGUCUGCUGUGCAAACAGAGGGAAGACGCUAAAGAUCUGAAGGAGAACCUGGAUCGCAGGGAGAGCCUGGUCUCCACCUUCCUUUCGCGCCAGCUGUCCGUCGAGCAGCUGCAGGACUACCGGCGUUUUGUCCAGACCAAGGCCUCGCUCCUCAUCCGGCAGAAGGACCUGGAAGAAAAACAGAAGUUGGGAGAGGAGCAGCUGGAGGCUCUGUCCAUCAGCCUUAAUCUGUGAAAAGAUGGAAAGAAAAAAGGUUUCUUCAACUUGGCCUGGAAGGAAGAUGACUUGUUAAAAAAAACUGUUUUGGAUAAACUUUUCACUCUGUUUGCCUGACAGAUCAGGUGGAUCACUUCACUGUAGGACUCAAAUUGUUUUGGCCCUUUUUAAAAAGAGCUCGACAGAACCUGCUUCAUGAAGACAGCAGGAAUGUCUGCUAGACUGAAUUUUGGAGAACAUUUCUGCACAAUCAGCAAUGUGCAUUAAAACUCAUCAUGAUUUUGUACAUUUUCUUUCACUUUGAACACAAAUGGACUGUUUCUGUGUGCCUUUUAUAUAUUGUUGUAGCCGUUAAACAUUUUGUCGUAGAGCUGCUGUGCAGAAAACCUUAAAAAAACGUAGACUUUUCUUUAAUUUUUCACCCUCCAGCCCUGUACCUGCACCUGUGGAAACCUCCUAUAAGCUUUAAGAUUGAACCUGAGCAGUGCGAAGGCUUCAGUGGCCUGACUGAGUGUGGUGUUCUGUAUCAUGUCAGGAAAAUGUACUAUAGAUGGUAGUGGAUAUUUUUUUCUUAAUGGUCUUAUUUUCAAAUGUUUUUUUUUUUUUUCAAAUCAUGGCACUAAAAACCAAAAAAAGGUGAAUGGAACAAAGCACUUUGUGAAGAUGCAAGAAUGCACAUUUCUUCAAACCUGAUUCGAAAGCAUUUGAAGUUAAAGCCUUACUCCAUCCAUUUAAACGUUUAUGCUUUUAAUUUUUACAGAAAUGUUUGUACAUUAAAACACAUACUGAUGAAGAACUGGAUUCACUUAGUUUUCUAGCUGCUUUAAGUCUUAAUGAUUUCUUGCUGAGGUGCUAAACCUCUCAAGCAGAUUAUUAGUAAGGAACAAUGAUGUUAAUGAAUACUCCCUCUCUGUGCUGCUUUUGUUGCAGAAGUGUAAUACUUGAAACCCUUUUUAUUAGAAUAAUUCUAAUAUCUUCACUUCAGGGGUCUUAAACUAAUUUAAAGUUCUUUACUUCCUCAGUGAAGGCCCUUUAAUCAAUSUAUAGGUUUAUUUCCAUUUACCCUUUGUGUUACAGGACCACUUGAAGGUACUCAUUGCAAACUGUCAAAUCAAAUAUAAGUUUAUUCUAAAAUACAUUAAAUAGUGUCAUUUGAAACCAUUUACUCCUGUAGUUUUCUAUUGGAUGUAAAAAUUAGAAAUGCGGGUACGCAUUCAAUGUAAAUAAAUCCCUUCUGAAAACUAUCUGUAAGCUUCACUUCAUGACUUCAAUGAGUACCUUUUGAAAUCUACAUAUCGAAUUUGUUUCAGCAACAUUUGUAUUUAGUUCCUAUUUUAUUCAUAAAUACUUGACCAGCCGCUUUAGUUUUUUUUUUAAGAGCAGCCAGUGAGGGUGCACGAGAUCAUGAGUGUUUUAUUGUUUGUUUAGUCAAAGUUUGAAGCUAUUCUUCAGAAACYGAUCAAAAUGUGAUCAUCUCUCAGGAGAAACUUGUUGGCUGUGCUGUGCGUGGGAUGUUCACUGAAAGUAUCCUUUGCUUGCCUCCGCCCAAACAUCAGAGCAUCAAAGACCGUGUCGAGCAAAAAAAAAACAUUCGAGCAGAUUUGGGUCAAGCCGUCAGACGUCGAUCCACCUUGAAGGAUAUUUUCCUAUUUUUCUGCACGGCUUCCACCAGCUGCGGAGACUCCGUCCGUCUCAGUUUGUUAAACAAAUGUAUGCUUGUUUUGGCCUUUGUGCAGACGUGGGGCUGAAGGGCUGGACAUGUUUCCUGCAGCAGGCUGAAAUKAUAAAUUAUGCAAAGGACCAUUAUUCUGGACACAAGGAAGUCUUGUGGAAAAAAGUGAGGAAAAUGCUAAAAGGAGCAGCACGUGGACAAACACUCAUUUCAGUUCUGAUUAAACAACUUUCUUCCUCCUUUGAUUUACUCGAUGCAGUGUUUUGUUGAAAUCUCCCAAAGAAGGGAUUGAGUUUCAAACGCUUCAGAAUUUGAGUGACAGCUAAUAAGGAACGAGUUGAUGAACGUUUCAGUCGUAUUCUUAAACGUUGCUGGUUUGUGCCUGCUUUUGGGGUUUAAAAUUCCACAGAGUUUGUAAUAUUGUGAAUAAAUUAAGCUUUCACUGGAAA